AUGGACCAGGGCGGAGCGCCCUCCGCAACGGCCCUCGCGGUGCUGGGCGCCGAGGCGCUCGGCUCCUCGCAGGGCGCGAGCCCCUGCAACCGCGCGCCCUCCGCCACCAGCGCCUCCGGCAGUGAGACAUCGACAACCUCUUCACAGUCUUCGGACGGCACCGCGGACCUACCCGAGGUUGGCGCCGCGCCGUCGAGCUGCAGCGGUACGAGCGACCUCUCGGACUCCCGCCUGCGGAGCGUGUGGGAGGAGGCCGCCCUAUCGGCCCUUCAGUCCAGCAAGGGAGACCACGCCGCGGCGCUGGCGGCCUUGCGGCUCGAGGAGCAGGCGGCGGCGGCGUCGCUCUUCUCUUCGGACGAGGUGGAUGAGCUCCGGUCGCUGCACGCGCGCUUCGGCGGCACCGACCUACGCCUCGUCACGAGGGCGCUCGGCGGGCGCCGCUCAUUGGCCGAGGUCGUCGCGGCGGCAUACAGAUGUUUGCCUGCCCUGCGGAGAGACACGGACGUGGAGACGGUCUCGCUGCGUAGCCCACGCCAGCCGUCGCUUGCGCGGGCCUCCGUCGCGCGGGCCUCUGUCGACUCGCUCACCUCACUCGGCGCGAUGAUGGCGCACCGGCUGAUCGAGGCUGCCCCCGCGGCCCUCUCCGUCGAGGCCGCCUCCGGCGAGUGGCUGCUCGCCGACUUGUGCGACGACGGCACGAUUCUGCACUUGCCGGUCGAUGGCGGCGUGCCGCAGCGAUUUCGAUCUCCCGGCGGGUUCGUCCGCUUCCUUCGCCCGUGGUUGAGCGCGGCUUCAGUGGAGGGGGGAAGCUGGACGGCGGUGCACUACAAGGGUUUGCCGCUCGACCUGAUCCGCAAAGCCGCCACCAGCGAUGCAGACGCGUUGGGCGCGGUUGCCGCCGCCUCCGGUUCCCCCUCUGACGGCCGCGAGCCCACGCCACUCUCGCCCGGCGGCGCCGCCGCCAGCCAGCUUCGCCAAGCCUUACACGCCUCCUACCUGUUGGAGCGACGCACCGACGGCGCGCACGAACGAUUGCUAGUGGACGACGCGGAGUUGGAGACGUACGAAGUGGAUUGCAUCCUCGAUCGCCGCCGCUCCAAACGCAUGGACGGCGGAGCCUACGAGUACUUGGUAUCGUGGGCGGGCUACGGCCCGGCGGACAAUACGUGGGAGCCGCGCGAAUCCCUGCUGUGCCACGAAUUGGUGGAGACGUUUGAGCUGGCGUUCGAGGCGCGUCGGCCCGCCGCCUCCCGCAGCCACGCCCGCCCCGCCGGCAACCGCGGUCGCGGUUCCUCGUCGCCGUGCCAGCCGAGGAGGCUUCCGAAAAAGAGGGAGCAUGUUGCCAAGCGACGCGCCUCGCCGCCGCAGCCCUCCCGCGUGAGCAAGGCCGCGCGGGUGCCGGCGGUGGCGCCGGUCGUGGACCUCGUGGCGCUCGCAGCCAAGGAGCGGGAGGAGCAGCGCCGCCCUUGCAUGUGCAGCGCGCCCUGCCGGCUGCAGCCGCUGAUUGAGUCUGGUUGCAUCGUGGCCGGCUCCCUCGCGCUCUCCGUGUGCAUCAAGGGCGCGCUCACGUCCGCCGAUGUGAGCGAGACCGGCGCGAUCCGGCUCCCCUCCUCUUCGGGCGGCGGCGAGCUGCUCGAGCUCCAGACUCCAUGCGCGCUGCUCCGCGUGGCACGCCGCCGCGCGGGCGUCGCCGUCGACAAGGGGCCGAGCGCCCGGACGACUGUGUUUUACAAGGGCGUCAGCCUCAACGCGCUUGCGCAGCCUGGCCAGGCGCCCGAGUCGAACGACAGGCGGCACGCGAAGACUGGUUGCAAUCCCGCCGACCGCGAGGCCGCGGGAUGA